AUGGAACCUAGGCGUGUCCCUUUCAUUGCUCGUCCGGUUUUUUACCACUCCUACGAUGACAGUAAUCACCCCGAACCCUGCCAGACUCAACAGGAGCUGCAUCGUGCUAUGCAAGCUGCUAUCAGAUCCUGUCCCCCUCAUGGAGAUUGGACUGAGCAAGAUCUUGCCAUGCCAGCCUACUCCUCUCUCACAGGCACCGAGGCCUCCCAGACUCUCCACAAUCAGCCGAUCUAUGGCUACAACCCAAGCUGCCAAGAUAGGAGCAAUCCUGUCUUUGUGUUCAAUCCCCGAGCAAAUUUCAACAUGAACUCCACGUCCAAUACGCAGCCUUGUGUCAAAUGCGGAAAGCCCGCGGAGAACGUCUGCAAGAAUUGCUGUGAUGUAGCUGGCUUUGAUAACAUCUGCUCAACUGAAUGCAAUGUUGCCGACUGGGACCGCCACAAACAUGUUUGCAAGCUACUCAAUGCUCGGCGAACCACAUACCGCGUUGGAGAAAUCUUGCAGGAGGUCUUCUAUGUUUACAGGAAGAAGAUGUUUGACACACCAAUCUGUAGCAUCGAGAAGAAACAGCACUUUAACUAUGAGAGAGUAUAUAUUGAAGAGGCAGGAUGCUACAAGCCUAUGCUCAAGGAUAUUGAUCACCUCCACCCAUUCCCAGAGCACUUAUUUGUGGACAAUGAAGCUGGAGAGGAGUAUAAGCAGGCACUCCUGGUGCACCUGGCAAGCCCUGUGUUUGUCACUUGGAUGCAUGAGAUGCUGGUAUACUUCUUGACAGACUUUGGUUUCGGAAUGAGCGAGCAAAGCGUGGUUCCAACUCAGCGCCGAGAUCUCGUCUCCGUCGAUAUUCAGGGCAAGGUCGGGCGCUCUGUCUAUAACCACUACAUCUACGUCAUCACGCUGAAGGACGGCCAUGGUGUCUACGCUUUCGAUCUCUGUGGCGCCACCUACGGAUUCGAUCAGUCAGUCGACGACUACGACAACUACCAGAAAUUCCGCGGCCGGCCCAACCUCCCAGCCUCCAACUACGGCUCCGCAGAUUCGAUGCGCGCCAAGACCCUGGCCAGUCUUGGGAUGAGUAACGGCACCGGGGCGCUUGCUCGUCUCAACCACUAUGUUGGGGGGAACUUGGUUGGUGAUACGCGGAAGUGGGAGAGAGAAUACGGCACCAAUGUUGCGGAUCUCCUCCAGCUACCCCGCUACAAGUUCGAAUUGCGCAAGGAUGAAUUGGUACACUACCUGAGCUACAUGAUUCAGCGGCACAUCGAUGAGGUGGGCAGUUUUAGCAAUGGCGACAAGAGUGGCAAGGGUGGCUUCAAGCUGAACCCUGACUCCAAGAGCUUCUGCGAGAAAUAA